GUUUUUUUUUUUUUUUCAACUAUAUUACAAGAGUUUUUUUUUAUUUAGAAAAUAAAUGUUCUUUUUAUUGUUGUUUAUACAAAUCUUAACAAUAAGUCCGCGAAUUAAACAACAAAGACAGACAGCGGCAGGUUUUAAUCCCGGAAGUCGGGUUCGGACUUUGAGUUAUUCCCCCUUCCGGGCUAGGGUGUACACGCGCCGCAUAGUCAGGUGUUGCGGUUGAAGGUUAGACAGGUGUUUAUAGGAAUCCUGUGGUGUUGUGUGAGCGGAGGCUGAUGUGGUGACUGAGUGUGUGUACUAGUCUGUAAUGAGAGGAGGAGAUGGAGGUGUGUGUGUGUUCUGUGCUCUUGCUGUGUGUGGGGAUUUAUCUGACACUGCAGCUUCUCCGCUUCAUCAUCGCAGAUGCAGAUUUCACACUGCUGUGGGCCGCUGCAGUGGGGACAAGACCAGGCAUGGCUCUAAAGCAGAAGGUGGUAUGGAUCACUGGAGCAUCCAGUGGGAUCGGCGAGGAGCUGGCCUAUCAGCUGGCUGCUGUCGGAGCUCGACUCGUGCUGUCUGCACGACGAGAGAACGAGCUGCACAGAGUCAGGAGGAAGUGUUUGGAGCUGUCCUCUUUAGAAGAGAAGGAUAUUCUCGUUCUUCCCCUCGACUUGUUGGAGCGAUCGACUCACAGAGAGAAAACCGACGCUGUUCUGCAGCAGUUUGGCCAGAUAGACGUUCUGGUGAAUAACGGUGGGCGGAGUCAGCGCUCUCUCUUCAUCGACACGGACAUCGAUGUUUAUGGCGGUCUGAUGGAGCUCAACUUCCUGGGAAGCGUCUCACUCACUCAGCACGUCCUGCGGCACAUGAUCUGCCGCGGCGACGGAAUCAUAGCGACCGUUAGCAGCAUCGUGGGCCUGGUGGGGGCGCCGUUGUCCACCGGAUACUCGGCCAGCAAACAUGCACUGCAGGGUUUCUUUAACUCCCUGAGGACCGAGCUGACAGAUUACCCAAACAUCACCAUCAGUACCAUCUGUCCCGGGCCGGUCAUGUCCCAAAUCGUCAACAACGCCUUCACUGAGCAAGUCAACAAAUUGAUGUCUGACGCUGGAGAUCAGUCCCAUAAGAUGUCGACCGAGCGCUGCGUGCGUCUGAUACUGGCCGGUCUGUCCAACCGUGUGAAGGAGAUGUGGAUCGCUCAGCAGCCGUUCCUGCUCUUCUUCUACUUGUGGCAGUAUACGCCCACCCUCGCCUGGUACAUCACCAACCUGUUCGGCAGGAAACGGGUGCAGAACUUCAAAGCUGGACUGGACGCAGACACGGCGUAUUUUAUCAAGCCUAAGGACAAGACCAAAUGAGAACCUGCGCUGAUUAACUGUACUGUAGUGCUGUAUAUGUGACUGGAUAUAUUUGGUGCAAAACUAAGUAAACACCCCCCCCCAGUUUAGCUACACAUGCGUUAACUCUAGUUUGCAGGCUGGUUUUGAGCUCCGGCUUCCUGCUUCAGAAAAAAAGCAAAUUCAGCAUGUGAGAUUUUAGAUUUUUCUACAGUAUUACAUUUUUGUUUUGAAUUUUCUCAGAUAAAUAAAUAAUUUAAAAAAAGUAAGUGUGUGCACUACAAA